AUGACAGGAUUCGGAGUUCCUCAUGUUGUGCAAAAACCUAAUAAUGUUGUGAUUACUAGGGAUCGGGAACGUAUCCCAAGAAAUAUUCCAGCAAGAGGAGGAGGGAAGGGGCCUCCAUAUUUCUAUUUUGAGAAUGUAGCACGUGCACCAAAAGGGGUGUGGGAAACUAUGAGUAAUUUCCUCUACGAUAUUGAGCCCGAAUUUGUGGACUCAAUAUAUUUUUCUCCGGCGGCAAGAAAAAGAGGUUACAUUCACAACCUUCCCAUUGAUAAGAGGUUUCCAAUUCUUCCCACCCCUCCAUCCACCAUAUUUGGAGCCCUUCCUUCCACUAAAACUUCCUGGCCUAAAUGGGAUCCGAGGAUCAAGCUAAACUGUAUAGUUACUAAUAAUGGACGUCCAAAGCAUACCAAGAAGAUAAGUGAAGAGCUUGAUAAUUGUGGAACUGAACCACCCCCACACAUCAGAAAAAAGGUGCUUCAAGUUUGCAGGAAAUAUAAUUUUAUUUGGGUGGGAAACAAUAAAGUGGCACCCCUCCACCCCAAACAGAUCGAGAAAAUAAUGGGAUUUCCAGACGGUCACACAGAUAUGUUGAGCCGCAGUGCUCGAUAUCGGUGCCUUGGAAACACAUUCCAGGUCAACACCGUAGGAUAUCAUCUCUCAGUAUUAAAGAGAUUGUUUCCUGAAGGCAUUAAGGUUCUUUCAUUGUUCUCUGGCAUUGGUGGAGCUGAAGUUGCCCUACAUAAGCUCCAAAUUCCCCUAAAGUUUGUAGUCUCCGUAGAGUGUUCAAAGGCUUGUCGAGAUGUUAUGCUCAGAUGGUGGAAAAGAAGUAACCAGCAGGGCAAGCUGAUUCAUAUCUCCGAUGUGAAAUAUCUAACCCAUCAAAAGCUAAGAGAACUAAUUGAUAUGUGUGGGGGCUUUGAUCUUGUAAUUGGUGGAAGUCCCUGCAACAAUUUUGCUGGAAACAAUAGGCGUACUAGAGUUGGGUUCAAGGGUGAACAAUCCUCCUUAUUUUUAGACUAUUGGCGUAUUCUUGAAUCUGUAAACUUUAUAACUUUGUGCAGAACCUAUUAUUGA